AAAUAGUACGUCGUUCUCGGGAUGUUACUUAUCGUUGGGAUUGCAUUAUUUGGAGUUCCUGUCAGUCGGUGGCUUUGCCUGUGGGUCUGUGGCCACAUUUUCGGUCGUACCUUGUUAUUUCUCUCUGGUUCUGCUCGCUCCUGCCAGCCUCCACCACGCACGACCCUCGUCAUACCUCCCAUCACCUACCUCGGGUCCCGAAUAGAUGUCUAUUGAUGGAUGUGUCGGAAUAGGAAUCGUAUCUUCUUACUGGCAGCUGGGCGGCAGGAUUAUUGUAAUAUUACACAACAUACUUGGGGCGUGUUUAGGAAGCGGGUUUUUUUUAGUCGGAGCAUCGGGAGCUGGUAUCGUUUCUACCUAUCUUUUUACAUGCGUAAGGAAAGCAUGUUUGGUUCGUAAACUCAUGGUUCGUAAACUCUUGGGAACAAGAUGCUCAUCUAGUACAAAAAAAACACCAUCUUUUUCCCCUUUCCCGGACGCAUGGGCUUUCUUGUGGCGGGAAGCGGGCGAACACGGUGGCGAUAGUGCAGCCAACAGGUUUUGGAUUUGGAGACUCAAUUUUGGUCCGUCUUGCGCGAGCGAUAGAUCAAGCGAUUGAAUGUCCGCAGCUUUGGGUAGCUAGCCGGUGGGCUGGCUUGCUUUUGGUUACUUGUUGUCAGUGGCCUGGGAGGGCUAGAGGCUAGAGUGUUGUAGAGUAGCAUAUUUAAAAGUCCCUGGGAGAGGAGUGUUGGCAAUUCAACA